AUGAAGUAUCUUUUGAUCACUGUUGCCUUUGUAGCUUUGUUCUACCCUUCUGCAAGUGCCAUAACAUGUUAUGACUGUAGUCGUACUUCCAGUCCAUGCACAACUCAGAAGACUUGUUCAGCAGAGUUUGAUUCUUGCGUCUUUGUCAGAACGGAUGAACAUGCAAAUUCCCAUAGCUGCUGGAAAUCUUCACAAUGUGAAUUCGUAAAUAUCGAGACGCACUUUAAGACUGGUUCCUUUAAGUAUAGGUGCUGUAGUGCAUACUUGUGUAAUAGCAGUCCAUUAACAAUAGCCGGGAGUAUGAUCAUCCUCAGCAUAGCAUCUUUUCUGACCACAUUGUUUAUAAUCUGA